AUGAAAGUGUUAAAUAUAAGACAAUUAAUAUUAAUCAUAUUUUUAAUUAUUCGGUCACAAUGUUUAGGAUAUAUUAUGUUAAUGUCACAAGACAAUAGCAGAUAUCAGCAAUAUCUACCAAAUACUUUAACUUACUAUACUACUGAAGAGGAUAUUAUUUCAGGUGAACAGCCAUAUUAUGAAGGAACCGGUGAAACAUAUGACGCUUAUCAAGUAAUACCGUAUAGAUAUGUUGUUGACGAAGAUUAUAUUAGUAAUAAUGGUGUCGAGUAUGAAGACACUGGAACUAAUUUGAACUAUUUGCCUACUUCAAAUUAUCAGGUUAACUAUGAUGACAUUGGUCAAUACUAUGGACCAGUUGAAUACAGUGGUACGUAUAAUGAUUAUGCAGGCCAUGAUUAUAAUGCUCAAUAUGAUGAAUAUUAUCCAAGACAAGAUGUAUUAGUUAAUUAUCAAACAAGAACGGUUGGAAGACAUGCUACUGAAGGUCAAUAUAAUGAUCAUUAUGAAAAAAAUUAUUACGGGAAUGAAGACAAUUAUGAAGAUAACCUCCACAAUAACUAUGAUACAUAUAAUGCUGAGAAUAAUGUAUAUAUUCGUGAUUAUUCUAAUCUACCUACAACAUCAUAUAAACAUCAAAAGUAUGUACCGCAUAGUUUAGUCUAUUUAAAAGAUUAUUUUCCAAUUGAUGAUAAAUUAUAUGUAUUUUAUCCCAAAAAUCUAAAACAAAAGUAUUAUACUCUUCGUACAAUUCGACUUAAACAUGGUCAAUUUAGUCCAUAUUUCUCAAGCAAAUCAGCGAAAAAAAAUCCAAAUGGAGGUUUUAAAGAAAUUCAUCCAAAAUCAAAUACAGAAUAUCCUCAUGGUUACAAAAAUUUGGGAAUUAAUGAUUAUAAUAAAAAUGAUUAUUAUUAUUAUACUGAAUCAAGUGAACCAUCAAAUUAUAUCCCUUCAAAUUAUCAUUCAUACAAUAGAAAAGUGAACUAUAAACCAAUAGACAUAUAUUCAUCAAUAAAUUAUAACCAUGGUAAAAAUAAUAAUCAUGCCAAAGCACUUUAUAAUAGUAUUACUAAUAACAAUAACCCAUAUAAAUAUUCAUCAAAGCAAGAUUAUAAUGAUUAUAUUGAGGAAAAUAAACUACAAGAUGAUAUAUUUCUAUUUGGUGAUGCUUUAAAAACAACAGAUUAUGAAGAAUCAAUCUCAUAUCAUCAUAGUGGUAAACAAGAUCCAAAAGGUAAAAUUAGAAACUAUUUCAAUUAUGAUAUCUAUGGUAGAAUGAAACGUUCUGGCAAGUCGAAAUUCGGUGGUGGAACUAAAAAAUAUCAUACAGUUAUUGAUAGUGAUAAAAGAAAGAAUAAACAUUAUGUUACAUAUCUUCCAUAAAUUAGAUAAUAAUAAUAUAAAUCAAUAUAGAUAUUGAUAUAAUGGUUAAUACUUGUCAAUCAUAUCUAGGAACAUUGAAAGUUCUGUAUGCAUCAUAUGAACAAAUGAAAUGAUGACGAGCAUAUAUUGUUUACUAAUUCAAAAUAAAUUGUAAGAUUUAUAUGUUUGUAUUUUUUCUUAAUAAACAACCAUUACCUGUAUUUAUCUUAUUUUUAUAACAUUCAAGUAGUAUGUAUUAGAAAAGGUUGAUUUCUUGUUGUAAGUAAUUUUAAUUAAAAAUUAUUGAAAACUAUGAAGUAUUCAAUAAAUGUCAAAUUCAAUGGUAA